ACCCGUGCGCGGAGGAACUGGCGCGAGCCGGCUGCGAGUCGUCGAUCGCUUCGAUGACGGAUCGCGCCCUCGGCGACGGCGACGGCGGCGAGCUUGUCUCGACCGAGCAGAUGCUGGGUCUGCUCGAGGGGGCGUUCGCCCCAUCGGGAGGCGCGCCCACCCUUCAGCAGCUUUGCGCGGCCGGGGAUUGCGGCUGCGGCGUCAUUCCCCUCGAGACGGGCGAGCGCAGGGCAAGGGCCAGCGCCCCGCCGCUCGCCCGGCCACUCGCUGACAUCCCCGAGUCGCUCCCGCUCACCCGGUCCGACUCGUCCUCGUCCCCGGUCGGCUCUGCCCUCGAGCUCUGACGCAGCAGCAUGCAGUCGUGCCAGAGCGCGCACGAUUGGUUCGGCGGUACGGCAUGGAGGCAUCUUGUAUGGGGAUCUGAGGAUUCAGUGACACAGUGUGCGCAAGUGUCCCCCCACCUUCGGGUAGGUGACUCCGCAGGGGGGGGGGGUAUUGCCAGUCAUACUCGUCCGGCUCUCUCGUGCGCAGCGAGAAGGUGAUCGUACUAGCCUACUAGAGAUAGCGAGUCCCGCUGCCGCUACCCAACCCCGUCGCCUCUCUAUACUUUAUACGUCUUGUUGAGAAGAUCUAUGAUAUAUCGCGC